AUGGUCCUGGGUUAUUCUUUCCAUCGAUAUCACAUAUUGAGCUCCGUCAAAUCUCGGUUCACCAUUAUCCUACCUUUGUCGAACAACCUCUGCACGUUGAUCAUUCCAGUUUCACUUUGCUCUCACCAACCAGACCUCUAUAUAGCCAACCAAAUCGGCAUCGCGAGCUCGUCCAUCAAGAAGGUUUUACCGAUGCCCGGAAUUGAGAAUGUCUGCUUGCUCCUCCAAGAGUUCCGCACCAACGUGAGAAGGGUGAUUGGUAAGGGUGGUCAGAAACAAAAGUUGACGCACACAGCCCCGAAUGUGCCAGAAAUGAGAAUGCCAGCUGUUUCGCAGCCAACUCAGACCACCUUGGAGUCCACCGAGUCUGUUGCGACCGAGCAGGUGUCUACACAAGCAGUCAUGAGUGAGCCAACUGUUUCUCAGCCAACUCAGACUGUUCUGGAGUACACCCAGACUGUCUCAACCGAGCAGGUGCCCACCGAGACAGCUAUGAAGCGCAUGAGCCCGGCCAUGCAAGAAUUCGCAGAGGUGGUUGCAUGGCUGAAGAGUGAUCUCGCCAACCACACUAGCGCCGUUUUGUUAUUCCGUGCGGCCUCCAGCCAUCUUACAUCUCCUAUUUGA